AUGGAGCCCUCAGAACCAACACCACAGCAAACAUUGCUGACCCCACCAUCGGUCCAACCAUCACUGCUACCCCCACGACCAGAACUAGCAAGAGCAUCACAGUCGGAACAACUGCGGGUUUCAGCAUCAGAGUCAUUGCAGCUGGCCACGACUCAUUUAGAAUUGCAGCCUACCCCUCCACCAAAGCCAUUGCCACUUCUUCCAUCGGAAUACCAUAUAGCAUCACAACAAAUAGCGAAACUACCAACUCCACCAAAACCAGUACUAGGACCUAUUUCAAGAAAAAAAAAUAAAGUUCAACCCGCGGCAUUACAAGCACCACAACAAGUUCCACAAUUAGAUCCACUGCCGGUGCCACCGUCAGAAUCAAUGCAAGGAUCUCCACUAGCGGCUGCACUACCAGCAUCACCAUCCGAUCAACUGGAAGCACCACCAGUAGCGUUGCUACCAGUCCAACCACCAGAACAACUAACAGCACCACAAGGUCCACUGCCGGUGCCACCAUCGGAAUCAAUUCUACCAGUCCAACCACCAAAACCACUACUAGCACCUUCACAAGCAGAACUAUCACUACGAGCAGCAGUGGUGCUAUCAGUCCAGACACCAGGACCAGUAAUAGCACCAUCCGAUCUACUAUCAGAACCAUCACCAGCAGCGUGGCCACAAGUUCAACCGCCAAAACAACUACUAUCACCACAAACAGUGGCACUUCAGUUGUUACAACCUGAACCACUCCAAGCUACGCCUAUGCCAUUGCAGGAGUUCCCUUCAGAACCACCUUUAGCAAGGCAACCAGGGGUAUUCCCUGAGCCACUGAGACCUGAGUCAAGACCAGAUCUAGCAUCUGAAGAGCUUGCAGGACAACUGCCGUCAAGUCCAAAGUCUUUGCCAUCUUCUGGAGAGCUGCUGCUGCAUGCAAAGAUACCAUCACUACCGCCAUCAAACCCGAUACCACUACCAGUACUGGAUAUCGCUUGGGACGAUCGCAAUCCCUUGAAGAUCUGGGUAGAGAGAGCUCAAGAUCUAUUGGAUAAAUCAGAGCCUAUCCCAUUCCCUCCACCAAUAGGGCAUCCACCUGUUCCCAAUGCGAUACAACAAAGUCCAGUGUUAUUACUUCGGCAAGAACUUCUUAACGGCUGUCUGGGCUUACAGGGCAAAGACAGUCAACAGACUGAAACAGGGAAAUAUGGAAGCACUGAGAUCGGCUACUCUGGGAGUGCCGUUCACCGCGGACGCUCGUUUAUUACCUACAAACUCCACCAGAAUCAUUGCACAUCCCGGGAGAGCCUGCGACAACAGAAUUCUGGAAGUAUGGGCCAACAGGUCAUAACAACCUCCUAUUCAACCUGCAACACUUCUACCAACUGGGAAACAUGCAACACUCGCCGCAACCCUGUCAGGAGGUCGAGUGAUCAAAGCUAUCUUCGCCGUGGAUACCGAGGUCACACCAAUCGUAGAUAG